UGUUUCCUCCCCUCAGUCCCGGUUAGGGAAUCUGCCGGCGCCGCCUUGCUGGGAGCGGCCGCCCAGGAGAAAGGAUGCUCCUCCGGGCGCGGCGGCGGAGGAAGAGGCGCGGCGGACGGGACAUCCCUGCGGCCGUCCGCUUCGCCAGCCUUGUUUAGCGCAAGACGCACGCAGCCUCCUCCAUGGCGAAGCCCCGCGCUACGCUGCAGCGGCGAGGCCCGGCUUGCAGUGGGGAGCCCGGCGGCGGCGGCGCUGGUGCCCGGGCCCAUCUUUCCUCUCGCCUCGGUGCGCCCUAAGGACUGCGGCGGCGGCGCUAUGGCCGAGACGGAGCGGCCGGAGGAAGCGGCCCGGCUGUGGCGAGACGCCGCCCUGCGCACCGGCAAGCUGCGGAGCGACCUCGGGCAGCUGGAGCUGGGCUCCCGGGAGGAGAGCGGCCCGCAGGCAGAGCCGGAGCCCAAGUCCUCCUUGCUUCUGCAGCAGCACCAGCAGGAGCCGGAGCAGCCGCCGUCUCCGCUCGCGCCGUCGCCGCUGGAGACGCUGAACCUGAGCGGGCGCGGCCUGGAGGAGCUGCCCGAGGGCUUGUGCGCCGCCGUGGGCAGCAGCCUGAGCGUGCUCUCGAUGCGCAGGAACCGGCUCGCGAGGCUGCCUUCGGCCGCCGCCCUGGGGCACCUGGGCCGCUUGGCCGAGCUCGACCUGAGCCACAACCGCCUGCGCUGCCUGCGCGACGACGGCCCGGCGCUGGCGCUCCUGCGCGGGCUGCGCAAGCUCAACCUCAGCCACAACCAGCUCGGCGCCGGCGGCGACGGAGCGCUGCCCGACGCCUUGGGCGAGCUGCGGCAGCUGGAGGAGCUGGACUUGAGCUUCAACCGCCUCAGCCGCCUGCCCAACGAGGCCCUGGCCCGCCUGCAGCAGCUGCGCGCCCUCGACGUGGACCACAACCAGCUUCCCGCCUUCCCUCAGGCGCUGCUGGCGCUGGGCUCCCUGGAGGAGCUGGACUGCUCCGGCAACCGGCACCUGCGGGCCCUUCCGGAGGGCAUAGCUUCCCUGCGGCGCCUGAAGAUCUUGUGGCUCAGCGGCACGGGCUUGGCUGCCCUGCCCGAAGGCUUGUGCCAGCUGGGGGCCCUCGAGAGCCUCAUGGUGGACGGGAACCGCUUGAGAGGCCUGCCGGCCGGGUUUGGCGGCCUGCAGCGCCUCAAGAUGCUGAACCUCUCCUCCAACCUGCUGGCCGACUUCCCCGCUGCUGUGCUGGCCUUGCCUGGCUUGGAAGAGCUGUACCUGAGCCGCAACCAGCUCACCCUGCUGCCCGCUGGGCUGUGCCAGCUGUGCCAGCUGCGGACCCUGUGGCUGGACAACAACCGCAUCCGCUUCCUGCCUGACUCCAUCGUCCAGCUGCGUCACUUGGAGGAGCUGGUCCUGCAGGGCAACCAGAUUGCCAUCCUCCCCGAGGGCUUUGGCCAACUCAACCGCAUCAGCCUCUGGAAGAUCAAAGACAACCCUCUGAUUCAGCCACCCUACGAGGUCUGCAUGAAGGGCAUCCCUUACAUCGCGGCCUAUCAGCAGGAGCUGGCCCACUCCCAGCCUGCCCUCAAGCCCCGUCUCAAGCUGGUCCUGAUGGGCCUGAAAAACGCAGGCAAGACGCUGCUAAGGAAGUGCCUCGUGGAGGAAGAGGGCGAGGGACAAGGGCAUGGAGGGCUGUCCUUCGCUGCAGCCUGCAAGGACGCUGGGAGAGCUCGAACCAAGGGGUGCUUCAUGCAGACCCUAAGAGACCUGCCCCCCCAACCUCUUUCCCCCAAAGCACAGCCACACCACCGCCCCAUUGUGGAGCAGCCAGAGGCCUCCACUUUGCCAGCUUCGACCUUGAAAUGUUCCCAUUUGGGAUGUAUCUCCAGUGAGCAGUGGGACAUGCUCUUUUACCCUUCCCCAAAAGCUGCUGGGCAGACCCAGGUGGGACGUUUUGCUGCUGAGCGGCAGGACGAUGCUCCGCGGGCCCCGUCACCAAAAAUAAAUGGGGAGGCGCACUUAGGAUAUUACCCUCCCCUACGACCCAUUAUGCCCCCAGCUCCCUAUGCAGCAGGGUUGCCAGGCGGCAGCAAAGGCAUAGAGGUGACAGACUGGACUGCAGAUGUGGAAAGGGGCCUGACUUUCAUUGUGUAUGAGCUGGCGGGAGACCCAAGUUACGACGUGAUCCAGCCCUUCUUCCUCUCUCCGGGAGCCCUCUAUGUGCUGGUGGUGAACCUGAGCACUUAUGUGCCACAGUGUUUUUAUCCCUCCGUGGGGCACUUCCUUCACUGGCUAGGGGCAAAGGUGCCACAUGCCGUGGUGUGCAUGGUUGGCACCCACGCUGACCUGUGCGCUGAACGGGAGGUGGAAGAGAAGUGCUUAGACAUACACCGCCAGAUUUCCCGGCAGGAGAAGUGCGACUACGAGGGCCUCCAGACUCUGGCCCAGCAGGUAGACGAAGCCCUGGGGCAGGAUUUCGACCUGCGCUGCUCCAGCCCCCACGUCGCCUUCUACGGGGUGUCGGACAAGAACCUGCGGCGCAAGAAAGCUCAGUUCCAGUAUUUGCUCAACCACCGGCCGCAAAUCCUUUCCCCGGUGCUGCCUAUCAGCUGCUGGGAUUGCUGCCAGGUACGCCGCUUGCGAGAGAAGCUCCUUUCGGUAGCCGAGCAUAGAGACAUCUUUCCCAAUUUGCACCGGGUGCUGCCAAGGUCCUGGCAAGUGCUGGAGGAGCUGCACUUCCAACCGCAGGCUCAGCAGCUGUGGCUCAGCUGGUGGGACUCAGCUCGGCUCGGCUUGCAGGCAGGACUGACAGAGGACCGUCUCCAGAGUGCUCUUUCCUACUUGCACGAGAGCGGCAAGCUGCUCUACUUCGAGGAGCACCUCACCCUGCGGGAAUACGUUUUCCACAACUUGCCCAGGCUCAUUGACAUCCUCAACGUCUUCUGCCAACGGGAUGCCACGGUCUUGCUCCAGAAACUGCUUGGCAAUGCCCACGUGGACGAGCUGAAGGCCACGCAGCUCCACCACUAUGUGGAAGGCUUUUUGCUCCACGGGCUUCUCCCCGCCCAUGUCAUUCGCCUGCUCCUCAAACCCCACAUCCAGAGCAGAGAGGACCUGCAGCUUAUCCUGGAGCUGUUGGAGAAGAUGGGUCUCUGCUACUGCGUCAACAAGCCCAAGUCCAAGCCCUUGAAUGGGGCGACGGCAUGGUAUAAGUUCCCUUGCUAUGUGAAGAACGAGAUGCCCCAUGCAGAGGCGUGGAUCAAUGGCUCCAACCUGGGCGGGCAGUCCUUUGUCGCUGAGCAGCUGCAGAUUGAGUACAGCUUCCCCUUCAUCUUCCCACCGGGGCUCUUCGCCCGCUAUAGCGUCCAGAUCAACAGCCACGUGGUUCAGCGGUCUGAUGGGAAAUACCAGAUUUAUGCCUACAGGGGGAAGGUACCUGUCGUAGUAAGUUAUAGACCUGCCAAAGGCACCCAGCAGCCAGAUACUUUGUCUAUUGCUAGUCAUGCAUCCUUACCAAAUAUAUGGACAGCCUGGCAAGCCAUAACCCCGCUAGUGGAAGAACUGAAUGUCUUGCUUCAAGAAUGGCCAGGCCUGUACUAUACUGUGCAUGUCCUUUGUUCCAAGUGCCUUAAAAGAGGGUCGCCCCACCCGCAUACUUUCCCAGGAGAAUUGCUGAGUCAACCCAGGCCAGAGGGAGUGACUGAGAUCAUCUGUCCGAAGAACGGUAAUGAGCGAGUGAAUGUAGCUCUGGUUUACCCCCCUACACCGACAGUGAUCAGCCCUUGUUCCAAGUAACCUCUGGAAGACACCUGCCUUUGCCCCUAUAUAAGGACACACUAAACACCCCUUAAUCGAACAAGCCCUUGCUAAGCAUUUUUGGAAAUGUACAGCCCGGAGAUGUUUCUGAUUACUGGUGGGACCUGGACAACACAGCUUGGGAAAUAAAGAUUAAUGGGAGCAGGUGUGCUGAAAGGCUGUGCGCUGGGGUGGAGCACAAAUCUGUAGCCUGCCUGAAUUGAUCCUUACCAUCGGCUGGGGUUGGAGUGGUGUGUUUCCAAGAACUUUGUCCGGAGGCUUAUUGAAGCAAGAAACACAGCAAAGCACCCUCACCCUGUGCUGCUCUUGGAACUUUUAUACACGACAGUCUGAAAACUCUGGGUGGUUUUAAUGGCUUCGUAAGCAUUGUUGACUGACGGCGAUGCGCUGGGAUUGAGUACUCUGUGGACCUGUAUUGUGCACUUGUUUGGACCCAUUGGUGAAUGUAAGAUUGUUCUCGGCGUGGUCGCUAUUCAGAUGUAGCUGAAAAGAUAUAUCUGCUGAAAAGGAACUGUUGGCAACUCGGUUUCCCCAUAGGAAGAAAUUAAUAAUUCUGUGGCUGUAAUGUGCUGUGGAAAAGGACAUAAAAUCAAAACUGGAAAAUACCUCUUCAGAUGGAUGCUUUCCCAGGGACUGAGCAUAUAACUUAACCCCAGAAGUGAAAUGGUUUUUAAAGUAAUAUAUUAAGUUGCAGAUGAAUGGUGGACUAAAGGAUUCAUCACUCGACCCUCAGCCUCAGGAUCAUUCUCUAGUGAAGAGCUGCUUGCCAACAGAGUAGGUUGAAAAACUUCUCAGGGAUUAUGUUCAAUGUGCAGUUUAAAAGCCGCAGCUGCCAUUGAUGACAGCAGUACCGGGGGCACUCUGUUUCCAAGUCUGUCAAAUGUGAAAGAGGAUCACUGCUGAAGUUCACUGCUGUUCAGCAAUUUGUUUGUUUGUAUGUUUUUUUAAGUGUUAAUCUUUAUUUUUCUAAGUUUUUAAUUAUCUAUGCAGCUUAGAAUUAAUUUGACACUGGGUACAAAGUUCGGCAUGGAGAUUGUGCUAAAUCAGCUGCUGGGUUCUGGAUGUGAUGUCAAAAUAAUGCAUGUAUGUAUCUAUUGUUUAAACACCUGCUUUGUGCACAUGCACAUCACACACACACACAUCACACACACACAAACACACAGUCUUCCAUUUCACUGCAGUUUCAUUGUAAAAUCCACCUAAAUAAACACUAGCACAGAUUCUUCUGGGAAUGCCUCUGCCCUCCACACAACAGUUGAAGCAGUACCUGAAAGAAGCAAAUGUGGUUUUGAGUUUUCUCCCUCUUGUGAGUGGAACAGGUCAACGUGGUGGAGAGGGGGAAGACAACUUUAGUUAAACUUUAUUUGUGGAGUAUCCAGUUGAGUGGACAGCUGUGAAGUAAGCCAGGAAUCAUUCAUCCCUAAACAAUGCUAAGAAUAAUUGACCAGGAAAAAAAUUGAAUAAUUGAAUUGAGGCCAGAAAUAAUUGACAAGGAGCAAAGAGCAGCAUGGAGAUGGACAUACCUCAGUCCUCCCAGCCACUUGGGAGCCUAGAGAAAGCAAUUCAACUAUUGGUGACAAUGUGCCCCAAAGAUUGGGCUUCAUUGCUAGACCCUGUUUACCUUCAGUGUAUUGAAAUUAAGCACACCGGAAUACUAGCAGCUAAAAUGCAGCUCAUGUUGCAACGAAGUUGACCUUCUCAGUUCCAGAACUAUGGAUCGCACUGGCUUUAUUCAUAAUGUCCAUCAUGCUGGGGUGGGGAUCGCUGCAGUGUCCUACAAAACGUGGUUUGUUUUCAAAAGAACUGGGGCCCACUUUAAACAUCGCCUGAGUUAUGUAUAGUUAUGGCACAACACUUUUAAGCCAUUCUGAUAAUGGUAGCACCUUCUGCCCAUAUGGUUAGAGCACCAUUUGUACCACAUUUGCUAGAUUAGUCUACGUUCAGCGCAUCAGUGGAAGCUGUCGGUGUUACUGGAAUGGUUCAGGAAAGCCACAGAGCAGAGGCAACCAGACUACUUGGCCCUCGAGAUUAUUCCCUUGUUUGAAAAACGCAGGCCAACAAUCUGUAAUAUCCACUCUUAUGAGUAAACAUCACAUUUUUUAAAAAAUGUAGGGGCAUUUUAACAUGUAACUUUGAGGUGGAUUUCCGUGGGGAAGUCAUAAAACAGCUGUUGAAUUAUAAGUUUAGCUGAGGAAGAGAUAAACCUCAUUUGAAAAGUGGUUGAAAAGGAGACUUUAAUCAACAAAUGUGUCUGGUGUUAUGAGUGAGCUUUUGAAUCCCAGGGGCUAAUUUUUGUAGGUGUGUGUUGAAAGAUGGUGUAGCCCCCCCGCUUCAAAGUGACUCCAUUUGACAACUGUUGUGUACAAGAAGGUUAAUUGGGGGAUGAGCUGAAGUUUUCUGUUGUAUUUUGGGUCUUGUGGGCAAUUUCAGGUCUAGUGUGAAUUUCAGCGGAACAUUCCCAGAUCUUAAUUUUACCUUAGCGCAUCAGGAGCAUGUGCUAAGAAGACGUUCACAAGCAGAUUUCGGUGCAACAUCACCUAGUAAAAUAGUUUGGGCUUCAGAAAUGUAUUGUUUAGGUUUGCCUUAAGUAGGCUUGAGCAAAACUUGGUCAUUCUGUGGGAAAGUGCCAAAACAGCAUUGCUUAACCUGGCUUCAGUGCCACUGAAUUUAUGGCAAAUACUAGUUGAGAUGAGUUUUCUAAAUGUACCUUCAUUCUUCAGCGCAACUUUCUAGGUAGCUCUGACUUGUGACAGGAGGAGCACAACUUGACAUGAGUUUUCCCUCUCAAGGCCAAAAUGAAGGUUUUUUGUUUUGUUUUGCACCUGCUAAAGUAGAUCUUUGCCAGCAAUGGGAGAUUGACUCUUUCCUGAUGUCAGCCUAAACAUGGGUGGCAUUUAGUCCUCCUUGUUUUUCAGGCUAUUAACUAAAAAUGCACUGAGGCGAAACACUUGCUGCAGUUGUCUGAGAACUUUUUAGAGCAAAUAUAAUUUUUAAAAAAUCAUUAUUAUUUUUUGCUAUGCAGGACAUUUCAAUACAGACACUGCAGCCAGACAAAGAUAUUUUGGCUGGCAGAGUGUCUCAACAAGAUCCUGUUGUGGUAGACCUCUGCCAGCUUUUCUGGGAAGAGGGUGAGGUUUUGCUCUGUGAGGCACAAAAAAUCAAUCAAGUUAUUCCUCUUAAAACUUCUGGGGAAUUGCCCUUGGAAUCAGUCACGUUUUCUAUUCCUAGGUUCCAUGACAGGAAAAGCUGUUUCCUGGAUACGCACGGCAGUGCUGCCAAAGAAAACGUGUGCUGUUUUUAAUUCCUCAAAAGAUUCUCUUCUCUUUGACCCAUCUUUGAUUCACUUCUGGAAGGCCAAAAAAAGGGGUGUUUGGUGUGUAACAUGGGUGGUGAUUGUUCAGCAAGGGGCAUGGGGGGCUAUACUUAUAGCUUAUCUAUUAAUUCUCCAUAUUACAGCACAGACUUCUUUUUUUACAAGAAAAAGAAAAGAAAAGAAGAAGAAAUAUUCUCACCAAGACAAAAAUUUGAGAAUAAAAGUAAAAUUACAACUUGA